AUGGAUGGGCCCGUGGCUGGAUCAGUAAUGGGCACAGAGCUCCACUUCGACUCAGACGCCAGCAAGGUGGAGGUGGGACACGUACAGUUCAGUGUUCUCAACAUGCACAGCCCUUUAAUUCCGAUUAUUCUCCUGCUCUUCUGGAUCGAAGGAAUAUCACCAAAUGAAAGUCACAAUGUUCGUCAGACUCCGGCUGAUCUGCUGUGGGAGACAAAGUCAGAAGUCAAACUGACCUGCAAACACAGCGUCGACAACUACGACACUGUUUUGUGGUAUCGGCGCUCAGGAGGAGACUCUACUUUAAAGCUGCUCGCUUACACAAGUUACACAAGAGUUCAAGUUGUUGAGGAGGGCUUUGAGGGCAGCUUUAACGUCAGUGGAGACGUCACCGAGGCUCGUUUUGGAGCUGGAACUAAACUGACCGUGUUGGAUUCAAAGCGCACCGUCACCCCACCGACAGUCAGAGUCCUUCCACCUUCACAAAAUGAGUGUCAAAACAACAAAGACAAGAAAAACAAGAAGACAUUGGUGUGUGUGGCCUCUGGUUUCUACCCGGACCAUGUGAGUGUGUUCUGGCAGGUCGACGGGGUGAAUGUCACAGAUGGCGUGGCGACUGAUGGCACUGCCCUGUGGGAAGGGGAACAUUACAGCAUCAGCAGCAGGCUGAGGGUCCCGCUCAGUGACUGGUUCACACCAGGCAGGAGGUUCAGCUGCAGCGUCGGCUUCUUCAACGGGAGCCAGACUGUGUCCAUGUCACACUGGGUCGAAGGUGUUAAAGGACCAGGAGCUGCAGCUAUCAGAGAGAAAUAUUUGAGGGUCGUGCAUGCUGCCAUGCUGUCCUACGUUGUUCUGAUUGUCAAGAGCAUCGUCUUUGGAGUCUUUGUGGUGUUUCUGGUGUGGAAGCUUCAGGGCUCAUCUGGAAAACACAAGGACUGAGAGCUGAGCAGCACACACCAGAUUCUUUGACUAUAUAUAAAUGCUUUGCUUCCAGUGCUCAUUCAUCUCGUCAGUCUGCACAAGUUACAGGGUUCCCACGGUUAUGAAAUUCCUGGAUAAGUUAUUAAAUUAGAAAAGUGUUUUCUAGGCCUGGAAAUGGUUUGGAAAAGUUUGGAAUAAAUAUUGUUUUGACUGUAGUUUAAGUAUGUACAUAAAAAAUUCCCAAAUCCUGUUCAACAUUAAGUGAUAUAUGCUCCUUUUAUUACCAAUUUAUAAUCUAGUGCUGAUACACAGACCAGACCAGCAGCACAUCAUCGCCAAGGUCACUCCCCCUUUUUGGGAAAGAAAUUUUAUGGAAAAGUUCUAAAAUUAAUAAAAUUAUUAAUAAAAUUAAUAAAAUGUGUGGGAACCCUGUUAGCAUUGAUUUGAUCUCCAUUGCUAACUGAUAUUUUACAUCCUGUCUGUUGGUGUCGGUGUUUGUGAAGUGCUUCAGGCUGAAUAUAAAUCUCAAUAAAAGUUUGUCAGAGAA